AUGUAUGAUGAUAUAAAGAAAAAGAAAAGUGAAAAUCGGAAAAAAAAAAAAAAAGGCCAUGAGGAAAAAAAUAGUUCUAUCAAUGAAAAUGGAAGCGAAAACGCUAAAAAGGGUGUAGAAAAAAACGGCGGAAAUGUAACCAACAUUAUUAAAUACGAAAACGCAAAAGUAAAUAAAAAUGGUGAUGAAUACACAAACCAGGACAAGUGUGCAUCGCACAAGGGUACCCCCAAACCCGACUUGCGCGGGGGUACAAAUGAUGAUCAAAACAUGUAUUACAUCUUCGAAGAGUUAAUAUUUAAGGAAGACAUGAAAAAAAAAGUACGCCAUUACACAUGGUUCUAUUACUUCGAAAAUAUGGUGUUAAAAUUGGACAACUUUGUAACCCAAAUAUUGAACUACUCCUACUACAUUCUUAACAACAUGGUUACCCCCUCAAACUGUAGUGGCAUAAAUAACAAGCGUAUCAUACUUCUGGUACAGUCAACUCUUACAGUGCAAAUGGUAAAUGGCAGGAAUAGGAAAAAAAAAUUCACCUCCAGUUUUAACCACAAUGCAUUUAAACACAUAGAACAAAUAGUUAUGCACAAAGAAGACAUAAACACAAACAGUAAAAUAAAUAAAAACGAACUGAAAAUUCUAAACUAUUUAAAAAAUCAAAACAUAAAAAGUAUGAUUUAUAUUAACGACAUUUUUGAGCCACAAUUUUUUUCUAUAUUGUUUUUAGUCCAUACAACAGAGGAAAAAGAAACUACCAAUUUUAUUAGCAAACAAAAUGACAUAACAGAACACUCCCCGAAUAAAAAUGACCAAAAAUUAGAUUAUAAUGAGUGUGGGAUAAUGAGAGGGUAUGAUAUAAUCCUUCUAAGGUAUUCGUAUGAAAUUAUUUAUUUUUACAAAAAUAGUAAAGCGACGGCAAGCUACAAUAAUCCUAUAUAUAACCAGGCAAACCAGCAUGGAAAAAUUACAGAAAAAAAACAUCACAACAGCAAAAUACAGCAACAAAAUGAUCAUCCAAAUGAGCAGGUCUCAAGGGGAACUAAUAACAGCACGCUCAAUAAAGACAUAAUAGAAAAAAACAAAUAUCACAAGAUGCUCACAUGGAAGAACUACUUAAACAAAUCAAAUGAAUUAAAACAGUGUGUUGUUCUUGAUGCGCUAAAUAUAUGUUCCGGAAUGGAUGGAUAUAUUGACGGAGAAAAUUUUAACUUUGACGUUUUAGUAAAUGACGCGUACUCCUACUUGGUGAAAUACAAAACGAAGUUGUCCAUCUUCCGGUUGAUAUACGCCGUUACGUCCCUACUGAAGAGCCAAAUGCGACCAAUUAUAUAUAUUCCCCACUGGUGGUACCAUGACAUACCUUUUUGCGAAAAUAAUAUCCUCGAAUCAGGAGAUUUCCACUUAUUCGUUUUUAAGGAAUUAGAAAAAGACGGGUUCCUUAAAAUUGGAAAUAAAAACAAAGAUUCUUCUGUGCUAACCAUGGAUGAAAAGGAUACAGAUUUGUUUGUCGAGUUGGCCAUAGAGCAAAAUGCAAUCCUCUGCACGAAUAAUAACGAUAUCAUUAAAUACUACAUAGACAUUUGUGAAAAUGCAAAAGUUUCCAAGUUCAUUGCAAAGGGAACCUUUUUUAUGCUGGCCAACUUUCUUUAA